AAUCUGUGGUUUGGAGCUAUGACAUUUAACUUGUUCUAUUAUUCAAAUUGUAUUUUGGCGCUUAAAUAUUGUUUUGUUUGUAUCGUAUUCUUAUUAUUUUACGUGCUUAAUUCGCAUUAAAUAAAAUAUGCCAUGCAAUUUCAAAAGAAUUCAAGCAUCCCAGAUGAGAAUUGCUUAAGUUUGAUGAACAAUUCCUUACUACAAGACUAUAAAACGUCGCUUAAUAGCCGUUCAAACUUAAUUUCAAACACAAUACUGAAGGAUGUGGUGUUCAAUAAUUUCUCAAACGACGAUAAAGUUCUCGACAGUAUUUUGGAUUCAGCAAACUCGCUCACUCAAAAUAAUCAAGAAAAUAGUAGGGCCACUUGGAGGAGUUCGUUAAGUACCUUCAACGAUCCAGUCGCGUUAUUCGAAAAAUCAUUAUCCUCUUGUAAAAAAUGUGACAGGCAGCAGUAUUUAGGCUUGCAGCAUUUUGUUAAAAGUGAAUGUAAAUGUGAAAGCACAGAAACUCUAAAUUUGUGUAUACAACCACAAUUAUCCGAAAUAACCAGCCAAGAAAGAUCUGGUGAUGAACAGAAAUUAUCUAAACCUAAAUUUGGUAGACUAAGAGCAAAACGACCCAUGAGUACUACUUCUAGCAUAAUCUCAUAUCCAGAUUUUGAUGAUGUUUGCAAACCAAAAACAGAAUAUAAUUUAACAACUGAGGAGGAAGAGGAUAAGGCCCAUAGACAACAAGUUGCUAAAAUAACAUUUAAAACAGCCAAAGAGCAGCUGUUAUCAUCAAACCCAGCAGCAAAGCGGACACUAGGCGCUUCUAGGAAGGCUCAAGCUAAAUUUGUAUCACCUAUGCUAGGAGCUCAGGAAAAACAAGAAGCAAAUGAACAAACAGUAACAGAUGAAAGAUUAAAACACAUUGAUCCAAAAAUGAUAGAAUUGAUAGAGAGUGAAAUUAUUGAUAAGGGAACUCCCAUAGGAUGGGAUGAUGUAGCAGGUUUGCAGAUGGCCAAAUCGGUGAUACAAGAAGCUGUAGUGUGGCCGUUACUUCGACCAGACAUCUUUACUGGUUUGAGACGUCCGCCCAAAGGCAUUCUGCUGUUCGGGCCUCCGGGAACUGGCAAGACUUUAAUUGGUAAAUGCGUGGCGGCGCAAUGUCGCGCGACGUUCUUCAGUAUAUCCGCGUCGUCGCUCACUUCCAAGUGGAUCGGCGACGGCGAGAAGAUGGUGCGCGCUCUGUUCGCCGUCGCUAGGUGUCACCAGCCCGCUGUAAUAUUUAUAGAUGAAAUCGAUUCGCUUCUAACUCAGCGAAGCGAUAGCGAACACGAGGCGACGCGCAGGAUAAAAACGGAAUUUCUCGUUCAAUUCGAUGGUGCAGCUACUGGUGAAGAGGACCGUCUAUUAAUUGUGGGCGCCACAAAUCGUCCACAGGAGUUAGACGAAGCCGCACGUCGCAGGCUUGUCAAGCGUCUCUACAUACCGCUGCCUGAUGCUGAGGCCCGUCAACAGAUAAUAUCCAAUCUGCUACAAACAGAAAACAAUGAUUUAACACUCUCCGAAAUAGAAGAAAUAGCGAGGCUAACAGAAGGUUAUUCUGGUGCUGACAUGAAGUCACUAUGUUCUGAAGCCGCCAUGGGACCCAUACGUGCUGUGCCACUAUCGCAAAUUGUAACCAUCGACAAGAAUAAGGUGCGCCCAGUUAAUGCUCAAGAUUUCAAAGCUGCUCUACAACGUGUGCGUCCAAGUGUGUCCCAAGACGACUUGGGGCAAUACGUGAAGUGGGACCAAACAUAUGGACAGGGAUUUUAAAUGUUUUCAAUAAAUUAUCAUAUGAGAA